AUGGGGAGAUCGUCGCCUCCAUUCCUUUACGAUCGUCCGUCCACCUACAGCUUCUAUGGCCCCACUGAUCGCGGCUUUAACCCCAAGGCCGCGACACAGGCGAGCUGGAUUCGUGAACAGCCCAAGCCCAAGCAACGAGGCCCAUUGGUAAAUGUCAAUCGCCACCCUGACUCGUGGGGUAGCUUCGAUCAGUCGAAAUGGACGCCAAUAACGCCAAUGAGCCCCAAGAUUAAGGAUUGGGUUAAGUAUGCACGGUCAACCCAGUUUGGCCUGCGAAUAGUUACCUUGCUGAGUGCGCUUGCCUCUUUGUUCUGUUCCAUCGUCAUACAAGGAGUUGCCUCGACAGUUAUAUGGAUCAUCCGAGCCGGUCCUAUUGUGGCAGUUCUUCACACAAUCUACGGCAUCUAUCAUCUUUCACGCUCUGCUGUUACCCGGCCACCCGCCUCCCAAGCUGGCUACGGGCUUUUUGCCUCGACCCUGGAUGCCGGACUGAUCCCGUUCUAUGUGUUUACAACGUUUAUGGCACACGGUCAGUACGCAACUGACGCAUAUCACUGGGGUACAUUAUUCAACAACAGCAAUGUGACGGUUCAGGUCGCCAAAGCCACCUUCAUUUGCGCUAUCGUUAACGCAGGAUUGCAUCUGGUCUCAUUCUCCUUAUCUAUAUUCCUCGCAGUCAUUUUCCGAAGGAUCUCUCACAUGCCACCGGAUAUGAAUCCCCUGGAGGACAACCUGACUGCGCGUCCUCUCAGAAAUCGCAGACGAAUCGAGGCUCAUGAGAAGAACCUCAGCGGAUCCACACUCAAUUCCCAUUUGGAGGACCCGCUCAUGGAGCAACCUCGCAUGGUACCAUUUAUGCAUACACGUGGGCAGUCUAUGGAAGGUGAUUCCAACCAUGGAUCUGUGGAUAUCAAUGAGAAGCGGCAGUCUCAAGCAUCUUUUCAGCCGCACCGGCUGUCUCACAUGGAGCCACCAAGCCCUGAAAUGCUAUUCCACCAACCGGCCAGCCAGCCAUACGAUCUCACCUCCCAAGUUCCAGCAUCGGGAAUUGGUAAUGUGGCUAUGCGUUCACCCGAGGUAAUCGAUCCCAGCACACACACGCACCAUUUGACCUCGCGGGUUGCCGAUCGAUCCGACUCUGUGAGCCCACUUUCCGAUAAUUGGAUUGCAUAUUCCGACCGCUCGCCCUCGCCAGUGAGCGACGUACACAACGAAGACGAUGUGCACAAUGGAGACACUCCCGAUAUUCGCCAGUCAUCUUCAGUCUACAGUCGGCGCACCAACGUGACAGCGACGUCCACCGGCAGUGGCAUCCGAGACUGGUUUGCCUACGGUACAAAGCCCGCACCGAGUAUCGGAAGUGUGAUCCAAGAAGAUACGCGAGGCGAAUAUGCAUCACUCGACACACACGAAUACUAUGCCAACGAGGAUAACGAGCGGGAGCAGGAUUUGGGUGACCGGCGCCUCAAUAUCUUCCCCGACCCCGAAGAACACGAUGACACCGAUGACAAGCCUGCCGACUCUCUGCCUUUCAACCCACUCAUGCUUAAUCCUCCUACUCCACAGCCUGUUCUUACUGAGAAACCCGAAAAUACUGACCCCGUCCGCCGCAUCGCCUUGAGCGACAACCCUAACCUAUCCCAAAAUCAAAAAGCAUAUGUGUCUGUUCCCCACGACUCUUCUGAUUCCUCGCCGACGAGAACUCGUUUCUAUGGGGAUUUGGAAGUGGACGGCAAGCCCAGCCUGGACACCUCGCGUCAAGUGAGCGACCAGGGCAAAAAUAACCACAAACCAUCCAAGCUCUCGAAAAAGCACAGCAAGAAAAUAUCUGCGUACCAGUCUCUCAAAAAGUACGACAGCGAUGGCGAGGACGCCCACCUGUCCCCUAGAAUUCCCUCCUCCCCGGCCAUGGCCGAGGGUGACCGCAAAGGCCGUGUCGUUAGCAACUCCGGUGCAGACACUCCUCGCUCUGGUCUUGGAGCGGGCGUCGGUGCCUCCCUGUCUUCGUACGGGAGCUACAUUGCCGGCCUAGGUGUCGGGCGUCGUCGCGAUGUCAGCGGCAAGGUCGCUGAAGAGGGACGCGGUGGCAAUGCUGUCGAGGAGCGUCCUAGUCAACCCCAGACUCAGACCCAGAGUCCGAGCUCGAGUCCGACUCGAGCGGCCGGCUGGGCGCGUUUCGCGGGGCUGUGA